AUGGGAGUGGCGUGGGUUUUCGAACAUACCGGUUCAGCUCGAGAAAUUGAACGAUUACUGGAAGGAGGUGGUGCGGAACCGAUCGGAACUUACUCUGUUGACUUUUUACCUUAUUCUCCUACUGGAGCUGUCGGGGUCGGCAUUCAAACUAAUUAUGUGCUGCAUCACUCCAAUUUUCCCCAGACGUCCUUUUCAAUUGCUCCUUCCGAUUCCCUGAAGUCGAGUCCUAGAGCAACAUGCGAUAGAGGCUUUGACCUUAUCCUAACAAAAAUGUCUGCAGGUCUUCAGCCAGACCAUGCAGGUAAAUUCACGCUGACCGGCUAUCAAUACAGGUUGUGUGACUUUGUAAUUCGUGUAGGAACAGCUUCCCAAGUCACGGCAGUUAAAGGAGCCAUCGUUGAAGUCGAAUAUGAACCUUCACAGGUUGCUACUCAAGCUAUCAAUAUGCUAUCCGAGUUUAUGACGAAUUAUUUUCCUCUUUAUGCUGACGAGGCUAAGAAACCCGAUGUAUUAAACCGUAAAAGUCCAGAACCAUACACCGCCUUAGAGACCAUGUGGCAAUAUUUGAAUAUUUUCCGACAAAUGAGAAGUCGAAGCUCUUGA